AUGGGCUCUCCGCUCCCGUUUCAAGAUGUCCCUCAUCUUCCAAUACCAAAGCGCGGUGUCGACUAUCGGGGAAAGGUGGUUCUGGCGCCUAUGGUGCGAUCAGGUGAACUUCCGUCGCGCUUGCUAGCUCUCAAGUACGGCGCAGACUUAGUAUGGGGCCCGGAAACCGUGGACAGAUCUAUGAUCGGAACCACGCAGCAAAUAAACCCUCGCACAGGCUGCAUAGAGUGGUCUCGCACUUCCAAUAACAAUCAAACCAACGUCAUAUAUCGCAUCGACCCAGCGAGAGAAUCGGAGAAGUUGAUAUACCAGAUCGGAACUGCUUCACCCGACUAUGCAGUGCAAGCUGCCAGUCUAGUAGCUCCUUACGUUUGUGGUAUCGACGUAAAUGCCGGUUGCCCCAAACCAUUCUCGACCUCGGGCGGUAUGGGUGCGGCGCUCCUUCGAACACCCGAGCUGCUGUGCAAUAUUUUGACUGCACUCGUUACAAAUGUCGGGACGAAGCACCAAAUUGGUAUCUCGGUGAAGAUCCGACUACUCGAGACCCCAGAAUUGACCUCUGAACUUGUCAACAAGCUCUGUAAGACGGGCAUCACAGGUCUCACAAUCCACUGCCGGACCACUCCCAUGAGACCGAGGGAGCGGGCUAUCAGAGACCAACUGCGGAUGAUUGGCGACAUUUGCAGAAGCCACGGCGUUGCAUGUCUCAUGAAUGGAGACGUCACCUCGCGUGAGCAAGGUCUAGCGCUCGCCAAGGAAUACGGCAUUGACGGAGCCAUGAUUGCAACGGCCGCCGAAGCCAACUCGUCUGUCUUCCGAACCAAGGAGCAGGGUGGCCUGCUUCCGUGGAAACAAGUCGUGGAAGAUUACAUUGGACUGGCAAUGAGCGUCGAAAACAGGUUCGGUAACACGAAAUUCCUUCUUUCACAGCUCAUGCCUGGGAGAGACGCGGCAUAUCAACCCGUUCAAAAGUCACGAAGCUAUGCUGAAGCGAUUUCCUUGCUAGGCAUGGCUGACCCGAACAUUAUCGAGAAAGCAAAAGAAGUCGAUCAUGUUCUCAAUUUGGACGUGCGAAGUGUGACAAAAGCGGACAUCAAGCGGCAACACAAGCAGCAAAACCGAGAGAAUCAAGCGAAGAAGCAGGAGAAGAAGCGUGUGUUCGGGCAAGAUGGCGACCACAAUCAAGAACGGAGCAAGAAGCAGAAAGCUGAGAUUGCAGCUGAGAAUGCUGGGUUUGAAGGAGUUGGUCAAGGCUUUGCAGCAGUCACAGCUUGA